GUACUACCUGGCCACGACAGAGGGCUGGUCCGCGGUGCAGCAUCUGUACAGGAUAUCCGUGCGCGGCCCGGACCGCAGACCGACGUGCCUGAGCUGCGACGCGGGCCGAGAAAUGGACAGGAACCGGUGUCUCUACAACACAGCCAAGUUUUCCACCGAUCAUUCGCAUUACGUGCUCACUUGCGCCGGCCCUGGAGUCCCCGAGAUCGCUGUUUACGACAGAAACUCGAAGAAGCUGUUUGUGUGGGAGAACAACGAGGCAGUUUCGGAAAUCAUCGCCGAGAAAUCGCAGCCAGUGGUGCGCCGUUACAAUGUGCCGGUGCCCGGCGGCUUCAAAGCCCGCGUCCGUCUGCUGAUCCCGCCUGACGCCGACCUGUCCGGUGCUACGAAGUACCCGAUGCUGAUCUUCGUAUACGGUGGUCCAGAUUCGUAUCAGGUGACGGAAAAGUUCAACGUCGACUGGGGUACAUAUCUGGUAACGAACAAGAGCAUCAUUUACGCGACCAUCGACGGCAGAGGUUCCGGCCUAAUGGACAACGGGAUGCUGUUCGCCGGAUACAGGAAGCUGGGCACCGUCGAGAUCGCCGAUCAGAUUAACGUUACCAGGCACUUACAAGACACUCUGCCGUACAUCGACCGCACCAGGACGGCGAUAUGGGGCUGGAGUUACGGUGGAUACGCGACAGGCAUGACGCUCGCCAUGGAUUAUCGCGGUGUCUUCAAGUGCGGCAUGUCCGUGGCACCUGUAACGGAUUGGACUCUUUACGAUUCAAUUUACACGGAACGGUUCAUGGGUUUGCCCACGGUCGAGGACAAUUCCCACGGCUACGAGCAGGGUGAACUACUGAACAAGGUAGACAAUAUUAAAACAAAGAUGUAUUACUUGAUCCACGGAACUUUGGACGACAACGUGCACUAUCAGCAAUCUCUGCUUCUCGCCAAGGUACUCGAGCAGAAGGAUAUUCUGUUUCGACAACAGACAUACACGGACGAAGACCACGGGAUCGCCCAAUCGAGAGCUCACCUGUACCACUCAUUGGAGAACUUUUUGGACGAAUGUUUCGAAGCCUCAUCAUGAUCACAGCGUUAGACACAAACCGACAAUCUAGAUCCUCCGCGUCACCUGCCUCACAUUCCACCUGUAAAUACCCUGUCACGUGUACAUACUCGAUGUACAAUAUGUAAUAUUGUAUUGAAGCGUUAGUGUAUAUAAUCGAAAGGGAGAACCUAAAAAUAGGUACACUCGACGCAAACAGUCGCAAGAAGAAUGGUCCGACCGUUCCUCGUGAUUCCGCGAGGGACGAUAAGAAAAAAAAAAUGAAUCGGUAUCCCGAUGACCGACAAUUGUGUAUUCGAAUCGUUUUUCAUUGACAGAAUAGAUAUAGACACUGUUAUCAAAUUCGAACUCCGGUGUUUUCAAGUGAAAAUAUAAUUGUUCCGUACGCUGUGCUAUAGUCCGACUCGAAUCGAGCGGGUGUUCGAGGUCACUGUCAACCGGGCUUCCCCGUUAAUAACUACCAAUAUGCUCCAUCUCUCGACAACUCGUUCAUACCUAUAGAUACAUACUCUGGCUGCCAAACAGAGAGGUAAGCUGAUGGUAAAAUAGAAAUCGGACGUAACGAGAGCGACCACGAACAGCCGAUCGAUCUCUAUCCCUCAAACUGUAGCGUGAUUUUACGUCGUGUUGAGGACAUUUUUAACCCUUUGCACUCAGAAGGUCAGUCAAGUUCACCACUUGAUUUGACGGAAAACUAUAAAAUCUGAUGUUUAACCCUUUACGACGAAGAUUCUUUGAAAUGUCACUUGGAAUGCGACUGAAGUUCACCACUUAAUUUUACGAAAAACUAUAAAAUUUGAUGUUUAACCCUUUGUGGCGAAGAUUCUUUGAAAUGUACGAAACCUUUAACAGACGAAGCUAAAUUAUAUAGCAAUUGCUUAACACGUUCGCUGCGUCACAGAUUUGUUACAGCCGUAAUCCUAUAUUUUACAUAAUGAAAAUGAGAUUAAUCUUAUAGAUAUUGUUAUUAGAAAUUAUAAACUAUAUUUAGGAACUCAAUGACUCGUUUCAGUUUCAUUUUUCUAAUACUUGGUUUAGAUUUAUUGGAUUAAAGAAAAUAUAAUUGAGGAGACCGUCACUGAAAUAAGGGCUGGUAGCGAACGGGUGAAGCAAUAGAAAAAAAGGAAACUUCGUGUUUGUCUCUUGCUAUUUGAGUAAUUCAAUCAUUCGUUUGCGAUUUAGUCUUCUUAAUAUGAAUAUUUCAUCUCGCCGAAAUGUCGACAUUCGUAAAGGGUUAAUGUUGAACUUUGUGAAAUAUUGGAACAAAAUAGCUUUGUUCCUCAAUAUAAUUGUGAUUUCUGUUCGAGUUAGUUUCAUGUCGUCGUUGUCUCGUGAAAAAAUGUUAAAUAUUUCUAGUGAGGGACUUCCGAGUGCAAAGGGUUGAUGACAUACGAGAAAACUGGGAAAUGAGAAAAUACGAGAAAUGAUAACGAAUCAGGGCUAGAAUAAUGUUAUUUUCUGAGAACGUUGUAAAGUUACUGGCUUACGAGAGUAUUUAUUAGAAACGAUUUAACAGAAUUUGUUAAUAUAUGUCUUAAACAAUAUUAUUGAGGAGAAAUAUGUGUACUUAGUGUUUGAUAGAUCACUGAACACGUUUGCUACUAGCUUCGGUGACGUUCUCACUUAUAAUAUUUUCUUCAAUGAUAAAUCUAAACAAAAUAUUUAAAAAAUGAAACUGAAACGAGUCAUCGAGCUCCUAAAUAUAAUGUCGUAGUUUAUAAUUUCUAAUAACAAUAUCUAUAGGAUUAAUUUCAU